CGACGCAGCUGUCAAUCACCUGAGAGGAGACACCUUGCAGCCCCGCGGAGCCACACCUUAAAAAGGGCGCUACGUCACCACCGAAACUCGGGUCGAAAGAGCGAAACGGGGUAAAAAAAAAACAACUGCGAUGACAACAUAUUCCAGCUAUACAGCCAUUACAGUCAACAAAGUAACAAAUUAUAACCUGAAGGGACGGUGAAUAUUUUACAAAUUACACGACAAAGAGGAGGCACCUGUCGGACUUCCGUGUCGACGUCCGCCCUGACAGAGCGUCGUGCUGCAGUGCUGGCUGCAUGCCUUCCCACAGGGGCCAAGACCACCUGCCUGUAUGACCACUGCUGCUACUGGAGACUGGGAUGAAGUCGUGGUGAGAAAAGAGGGCACACCUAUCAUCUUGAAGUGCAUCGUUAGGGAUACGAGGGCUGAGGUGGACAUCAGCUGGUUGGUACAGCUACACAGUGAAAAAGACUGGGAACUUGCACUGUCGGCCAAGGAACACAAAAUCCUCUCCGGCAGUGCCUACAAGCCUUCCAUGCGCUUCGUUGACCAAGACAGAGGGGAUUUUUCUUUGUUCUUCCAACCCACAAAACAGGAUGCUGGCCUUUACAUGUGCUUGUCAGAGCAGGACGGGUGGCAACUGAAGGUGGCCACAAUUCUGGUGGCCAUCAUCUCCGUCACCGUCAUUCCGGCCAACCCCAUCCCCCAGCAGAGCACCCUGUGUCUGAUCGCCAGGGUCACACCUGAAUAUGCUGUCCACCAGAUCACUUGGGAAUCUCCAAAUGGACGUUCAUUAAAAACCGAGAGGAAACCCAACACCGGGAUAGUGGCCAAACUUCCCCAAGUUACAUAUAGCGAUGCUGGACUCUACAAGUGUAGCUGUUUGGUUUUACCUGAAGCUGUCUUCGACUUUGAAGUGAAUGUAGUCAUUAAUGCUGUCAGCGUGGCCUCAUUCACCAACGUAGUACACAGCCCACCCAUCUCCAUGGUAACUGAUGCCAUGAUGCCCUUCCAUCUGACCUGUCCUGACGUCCAAGGAGACUACAUCCUCCUGUACUGGCAAAACCCAAAGUCCACCAUAAGCGAGCUGGUGUACCACUAUGAUCGCUGGCGAGGUACCACUCUGACGACCGCGCACAGCCAGGACCUGCAACUGGACAUCUGGCCUAACAGUCUGGAGUCCGGGGGAUUCUCUUUCUUCCUCAUGCCUGACAUCCAAGAUGGCGGCCUCUACAUCUGUGAUGUGUUCCUCAAUGACCACGCCUUCAGCCAGAGAACCCUGCUGAAUGUGUUGAAAGUGACCAUCAGCCGUUGGUUCUCCAAUCUGGAGUUGGAUUGUCUCUACAGCUCACCGUCUGACGUUCUCGGUGCAAUGUGGGAGCACCAGAAUAAGAGUCACGAGCUGGAAAUGGUGAGCAGUGGACCUGGAAGUGUGACGACCUAUUUGCCCUUACCCAUCACCUCCGACACAGCUGGGAACUACACCUGUACUUUGCAGCUAACCAACGGCCAGACUGUCAGCAUCACACACAUGAUCAACCAACGAGAGAGUGUCAGUGUCCCCGCACCCUCAUCGCUCUCUUCCCUCUCCGCUUUAUUACUUUUGGUUCCCCUGUUUGCCACGGCUGUUGCUGUGUUGCUAUGGCGACAGAAGCACAUCACCAAUCGAGCUAUUGAGCAGUCCCUGUCUGUCCACUCAGGCGAAGCGGAGAACAUCUAUGAGAAUCCCGAAGAUGUCAGACAGGUCGCCCCUCCGGGUUCGGUCUAUAUGGAUUUAAAACCAAGAAAGGAUGAUGUCUAUAAGGAACUGGAGCGAUCCGAGCAAUGUCAGAGCUGAUCACCUUCUGUACUUCCACACAUGACCCUCAUGCAGCUGUCACAUAUGUCAUACUGCAUUUUACAACAAGAGAGCCAUUUUAUCAGAUUUUAUCACAUAAUGUUAAUUCAGUGUUUGUAUGUAAAGGAACAGAACUGAAGUGUUUUGAAUGAGCUGAAUUAUUGUCAUUGUGUUUUCAUUUAGAGUUCUUCUGUAUGCUUUCAAAAUUCAUAUGUAAGAUUUAAUUACAAAAUACGCAAUUAUCGCUGUAAUUCUGCCUG